GUUAGCGGACCUCUUCCUGCGACGACGGCGAAGGUGGACGGCAGCAGCACUUCGUCGGCAGGACUUGCACCUCAUUUUCCGGCCUAAAAUCUCGCGUUAACUAGUGUUCCUUAUUUAUUUAUUUAGCACGUGAAUCCGUAGACCAAGACACACCACCGCUAUGUCCUACAGAAGUCGCAGGUCUCGGUCCCGUUCUCGUUCUCGUUCCCGUGAUCGCGAUCGCCGUCGUGACAGGGAUGAUUGGGGCUCACGAGGAGGAGGAGGAGGUGGUGGUAGCUGGGGAUCCGGCGGGGGAGGGCGGCCGUCACUGAAGGGAAGACAGCCCGGCGAGCGCCUACGCAAGCCGAGAUGGGACAUGACCAAGCUCACCCCUUUCGAGAAGAACUUCUACCAGCCCACACCCACCGUACUCAGCCGCUCUCCUUACGAGAUAGAGAAAUACAGAACCGACAAGGAGAUUACCCUUCGAGGAAGAAAUAUCCCCAACCCCAUCCAGUAUUUUGGCGACUACAAUUUCCCAGACUAUGUGAUGGCCGAGAUCCGUAGACAGGGGUAUGAGCAGCCCACACCCAUCCAGGGGCAGGGCUGGCCCAUCUCUCUCCAAGGGAGGGACUUUGUAGGCAUUGCACAGACUGGCUCAGGUAAGACUUUGGGCUACAUUCUGCCUGCCAUUGUACACAUCAACCACCAACCGUACCUAGAGCGUGGGGACGGCCCCAUCGCCCUGAUCCUGGCCCCCACCAGGGAGCUGGCACAGCAGAUCCUGACAGUGGCCCAGGACUACGGUGCCUCGUCAAAGAUCCGCUCCACCUGUGUGUUUGGAGGAGCACCCAAGGGACCACAGAUCCGUGACCUUGAAAGAGGGGUUGAGAUCUGUAUAGCCACGCCCGGUCGUCUUAUUGACUUCCUCGAGGCUGGCAAGACCAACCUCCGCCGCACCACGUACCUGGUGCUGGAUGAGGCCGACCGCAUGUUGGACAUGGGUUUCGAGCCUCAGAUUAGGAAAAUUGUUGAUCAAAUCAGACCCGACAGACAGACCCUCAUGUGGUCCGCCACAUGGCCCAAGGAGGUGAGAAAUCUCGCUGAAGACUUCCUCAAGGACUACAUCCAGCUCAACGUGGGCUCCCUCUCUCUUGCUGCUAACCACAACAUUCUUCAGAUUGUUGAUGUGUGCCAAGAGAUAGAGAAGGACACAAAACUCCGGCAGCUACUAGAAGAAAUCAUGGCAGAAAAGGAAAGCAAGAUCAUCGUGUUUGCUGAGACCAAAAGAAAGGUCGACGAUUUGACUAGGCGAAUGAGACGCGAAGGGUGGCCUGCUAUGUGUAUCCAUGGUGAUAAAUCUCAGCAAGAGAGAGACUGGGUCUUAAGUGAGUUCCGGUCUGGGAGGGCCCCAAUUCUGGUGGCCACAGAUGUAGCGGCUCGCGGCUUAGAUGUGGAUGAUGUGAAGUUUGUCAUCAACUACGACUACCCGUCUUGCUCUGAGGACUAUGUCCACCGCAUUGGUCGAACUGGGCGGUCAGACAAGACUGGCACUGCGUAUACCUUCUUCACGGCUGAUAACUGCAAGCAAGCCAAGGAUCUGAUCGAGGUGCUGAAGGAGGCGAACCAAGUAGUGAAUCCACGACUCUACGAGAUCAUGGACAUGGCCCGUGGUGGGGGUGGCAAAGGCCGCAAUCGCUGGAGGGGACGUGAUGACGACAGGAGGGGAGGAUUCGGACGCGAUCGUGAUCGCGGCCGCAUGGGUAGUAGUAGUGGGGCAGGUAGUGGUUCAAGGAACGGCUACAGCAAUGGAAAUGGAUAUGGUACGUCACAAGGGCUUGGAAGAGAUAACCAGUUUAGAGGCGGAGGCAACAGCAUUGCUGUGCCCAAUGGGGUGGGUGCAGGCCAGGCUCGGCUCAACGGGCCACCACCACUCAUGGGUUCUGGGUCAUUGAAAGCCACUAUGAGCCAAGGAACUUCCCAGGGCCAUUUAAAUGGCCCCCAACGUCCACCCGUCCAGAAUGUGGCCAUGGGCAUAUUCAACCAGGCUUCCUCCGUAGCUGGUACUGUUGGUGGCCUAGGCAUGAUGGGGGCCAUGCCUGGUGCACUGACCUGGCCGCGGCAGUGACCCCGCGGCUGCCCUAGUCAAGCUCCUGCCUCCUGCUCUCCAACUGGGGCCUUGCCAAGUGGAUGCCUCAACUCUUGCUUCGGCGACUCAUCUCCGUAACAAGUGUCAAGAGAUCCUCUCAGUCCUUUGUAACUGAUGAUGAGGCCUCACUUGGCAAGGUUUCUCAUCAUAGGUGUAUCUAAACUAUUUCCUGACCUUAGUAUACUGUAUGCACAGAAUUGGAAUUUUCCAUUCCAACAUGCUGAUGUAGUCUCCUAAGUGAUAAAAAUUAAUGGCAUGUUUGGCAAGUGAGGUGUUCUAUUCAGUAGAUAUCAGUAGUUAGUUUUGAGUUUACUAUUGACGUGUUGGUAUCUAUUACAGCUUACUGAAGCCCGGGCCGGAGGUGACCGCUUACCGCUGCACCAUCCCCUUUCUAGGAGAUUAGAGGUUGCGCACGUUACCACUAAGUACUUGACAGGCCUGGUUGUCAAGGGUAGGGAAAGUUCGGCUCACCCCAUCAUAUGUGUGCGGAUACCUGCGCCAUUCCUCCUUGUCUACGGGACUGCUGUCUGCUUAAGCCAACGACGUCAUUGUUAGUAAACCUCACUGUCCAAAAGCCAGUUGAGUUUAGUCAGCAUGUCGUUGAUUUCCCCUUUUUUUUUUAUUUUCCAAAACCAAAUAUUCCAUUGUCAGUAGGAAGGACUUCUUUCCAACUUUUUGUUGUAAUAUAUAGAUAUUAUUUUUCAAUCAUUUUGAAAGACUUUGUGUAUGGACCAAUAAAACUUUGUAACCCUCUGAAUAAAACAACAUUUAAUA